CACAUCAGUCACUCACUGCUUGUUUAUUGUUUGAGGCAGGGCUGCAGCCAACAGCGGGCAGGAUGUUGCGGCUUCGCUGUAAGACCAAAAACGGGAGCCACAUCAUGCAGGGCUUGACUCAUCAGUCCUGUGUCCAGGAGCUGAAGAAUAAGGUGGAGGAGCUGACAGGUAUCCCAUGUGAUGUGCAGAAAAUCAUGGUUGGUUAUCCACCAUCAAGCCUUGAUCUUCGUAACGGAGAUGCUCACCUCAAGGACUACCCCAUCAAAUCAGGAGACACGCUCAUUGUUGAGGAAGAAAAGAACAAACCAAAGCCUCAGGAUCAUCCUACUGUGACUAAAGCCCCACGCCUGGAAGCCUCUCCUGUCCUGGCACGCCGGGUAGUCCCAGCUGACAACUCCUGCCUCUUCACCAGUGUGUAUUAUGUGGUGGAAGGUGGUGUGUAUGAACCUUCAUGUGCCCCUGAGAUGCGAGGCCUCAUUGCCCAGAUCGUCUCCAGUGACCCCAUGGCGUACUCUGAGGCGGUGCUGGGAAAGACAAACGAGGAAUACUGCUCAUGGAUACGCCGUGAUGACACCUGGGGAGGAGCCAUCGAGGUGUCAAUCCUCUCUAAGUUUUACCAGUGUGAGAUCUGCGUGGUGGACACUCAGACAGUACGAGUGGAUCGAUUUGGGGAGGAUGCCGGCUACCAUAAACGCGUGCUUCUCAUCUAUGACGGCAUCCACUAUGACCCUCUGCAGAAAGAAACGCCCGGCUCAGACGUCCCGCCCCAGACAAUCUUCUCCACAACAGAUGAUGUAAUCCUAGCGCAGGCACUGGAGCUGGCAGACGAGGCUCGCCGCAAACGACAGUUCACGGACGUUAACCGCUUUGCGCUACGCUGCAUGGUGUGCCAGACGGGCCUGGUCGGACAGAAAGAAGCCCGUGAGCAUGCCAAGGAGACAGGCCACACCAACUUUGGCGAAGUGUGAACGUUGUUUGUCCCUAAUCCUUUCACAAAUAAAACCACCACCAACCCUGCGCCCCACAUGUGGCUACUCUGUUGGUCUUUCUGUCAAUCUGCUUGUGUGAUCCUCUACCUCACAUUGUCCAGCGACAUCUACGGAGAUUCUGCAGACACUGCUGUGUUCAGCCUUUAGCCGGUUCAGUAUUACUACUACUUAAACUGCUGUCAGUUCUUAAAGUCGGAAACACUACUGCAGAGCUCAGAUGUCAUGAAACCAUCACUUCAGUCUGUCAGGGAUGGUUUGAAAAUGUUAAACAGGGUCAAGAAGUAUGUAAAUAAUUCUUUGGGAUUGUUUUAUCUGUGUAAUCAAACUCAUCUAAACUUCAUGAACCAAUGACUGGUUGUUCAAGUUCCUUGCAACAUGAAACUCUUGUAUCAGGCUACAUAUCAAAGCAUUGGGGUGCCAGUUAACCUGUUAAAGUAAGAGACAGUUUUGCUUUAUACCUCCAGAACUUUCUUUAUUUAUAAAGAGAUCUCUGAGAUGUAUUAGGUAGACAAAAAAAAACCCACAGGAUGAUUAUUACACUCAGUUUGUCACCAUAAAAGCUAUUGCUGUUGCUUCAGCCCCCUGUAUUCAUAGAUGGCCUUUUUUGUGCUGGCAGCACCUUCAACCUCAGCAGGGCAUUAAACACCAACGCUUUUUUUUUUACAAGGUUGGAAACUUCAUCUCUGCCUCUCUCAGGAGUAACCAAACUGGUUUAAAAAGCUCUGCACUUAACAUAACAAUAAGGGAUGCAAAAUAUUGACAUGAUAUGAAUAUCGGCAGAUAUGAGCUUGUUAAUCAGUAAUGGCAGUUAUGAACAUUUCUGCAGAUUUAUACUAGGAAUGCUGAAAUAUGGCAAAAAUCUAAUCACAAUGAUUUUGAUUGGUAAUAAGUGUUUUAUUGACUGAAGUUUGUUUUUGCAAUCAUCCUUUAACUUAAAAUUGUAUUUAAAGGACUGAAGUUUUAGCUCUGAACUGCAUUUAUAUAUAUCAGUGUCAGCUGGAAGGAAUUUCUAAAUAUGUUUCAUGCAUCCCUAAUAACAAAGUAAAGGGACCAUGUCCUGGCUAGGAAUGCACCAAUAUAUCAUUUUAACAUCAGUGUUGGCCAAUUGGCCCUUUUUACAAACAUUGACCAAAUAAUAUGGGUGUGGACAGAUAUCAGUGUUGUGUUGUAUCAAUUCAAGGCUUGCAUUUAGCACACCUAGUGACUGAUUUAGAAAAAAAGUGACUGGUUAUUGGGCCCAAGAUGUGGCCUGGUGCAGAAACUGAUCUGUUUUCAUGGUCAAACACAAAAAAGGUUGGUAUUGUGGGGCAGUUUUACCAAAAGAAGUAAGGAAAAAACAUCUGCUAUCAGCUAAAUUUUUAUCAACUAUGGUACUGCCCUGAUUGGUACAUCUUCAGUGCUAGUAUCGGAGGCAACUGUAGACCUGGAAGUUGUUAACCUAAAAAGACAAGUCAGAUUAGCCAUUGUUGUUUACAAAGCUGCUAUCAUAAGGCCCACCCCCUCUUGAUUUUGAUUGGCUAGUGAGAGGACAGCAAUGAGCAUUUAGGGUCAACCAGUAUUGUUUUUUUUAGGGAUGAUAUCAAUACCAAUUAUUAGUAUUUCACGAGACCGAUAACUGGCAUUUUGAAUUGGCAUGCCUUUGUUAUGAUAAACAGAAUGCACUUGAUGUGACAAAACUAAAAAUGCAUUUUUAAAAUGAAGAAAAAUAAACAAUUUUAGCACUGGCUUUGUCAACACAAGAAACAGCGCAAAAACAGAAAGUGAUGCCAAAUAGACCCUUUGUCAGUGCCACCCAGGCCUUAGUGCUGAUCGGCUGGUAGUUGUGUGAUAUCACGCCAGUCAGAUAGUGUCGUGGUCAGGACCACCUUGCAGUGGAUCCAAAGUAGCACACCUUUGAUUUGAUCAAAUAUUGGUUAAAAAUGCAGAAUCCAAUGAUUAGCUAAAUGCUUAUUAUUGGCAUAACUUAUCAUCCAGGCUGAUAAUCGGUUGGCCUGGCAUAAUGCUAUUCUGAAUGUUAAACUUUUUUCACUUGGUAGUGUUGUGAGCGUAGCAGUUAGAAAGAGCUGACACAGAGGGUGUUUUUGCAUCCAGGAUGCUCAUGAGCACUAGAUAUGCACAACAACAUUGGUUCUGUUUUAAUAGUGGGUGCUACCAGCACAGAAGGAGGGCUGUUCAUUGACACAGGCCUGUAAUCUGUUUAUGUUGAGGCAGAAAAAAAACAGUACAUAUUACAGACAAUUCAAAAUAAGUUUUGGGGGAAAAUUCAAAUGGUUCUGAAAUAAUCAAUGCACAUCUGUGCCUGAUCAGCGUCAUAUUUGAUAUAAGCUAUCUAGCUCUGAAAACAAUUUAAAACAACCACUAAGAAUUAUUUGCAGGGUGAGGUGAUCCUAUUCACUGUUGUCUUAAACGCAACACACAAAGUUUGACUGUUACUCAUUUUGUUGGUUAUGUAGCAUGUUUUUUUUUUACAUUUCCGUUAUUUGACAGGGGUUUGACAGAAGCUCUUCCAACAUUCAGUCUGAUCGUUUAUUUACCUUUAGAUGUCUGAUGUUUGGCACAGUUGUGCUGUGUUAAAGCUAUGCUGGACUCGUCUAUAAAGCUCCUGUGAGGAAUUUGAAACAGGCUGACUUUCUCAUUGUGAUCUACAGAAGGAAGUUAGACCUUCAAUAACAAGAUGACUGUUUUUAUAUGGUAGUGGUCAGCAACCAAGGCCACAGGGUAGCUGUCAGAGGGAAUAACAGAAAAUAUUUUUACUAAUUCAAUGGCAAAGAUUCUGGAUAAACCAUACAUUUUCCUAACAGGAGCUUUAAAUAAAUGUGCUUAUGUGACAUCUGUGAAUUUACUGAGCAGUGGCCACUGAUUAAGGUUAUAUUUCUGAUGUUACAAAUUGUGAUCCAGAUUGAUCCUAGUUACUUAUUUUAUCCUUCUUUUUGUUUUUGAUAAUAUUGCUUCAGUGAAAUGAUUUAAAGUGAAACAGAAAAUAUGUAAAAAAAAAAAAAAAAAUUAAUAAUGGUGCUGAGGACAGCAUUUUACAAAAUCAGUAGCUGUUUGUGUUCAUUAUGAAACAAAAGGCUUUCAGGAGUGCAGUUCUCAUUCUGGUGUGUACUUUUUCUUGAUCAUACUCAGAACAAAUGCUGUUUACUUAUGUGGCUAAAUAUUUCUAAAGAGUGUGAUUAGAGGCGUAUUUCAGCAAAAAUUAUGGUAAGAUGAUGUGAUGAGGAAGAAUUUACAUUUCAGCUACUCUCCAUGCUCUUUUGUUUUUCUAAUCAGUAUUAACCUUUGACCCUUUCAAUUGCUUAUCAGUCGAGGAGUAAAUCUACACAGGGUGUCUGAUCAAUACAGAGGCAGAAGGUCAAUUUUGGUUCAAUUUACUGCAUGUUGUCUUUUAACACUGUAUGUGUCGCACAAUUGGAGCAUGUUCUCACAUUUUCAGACUGACUUUCUUUGCUAUUUCUUUGAAAACUCUGGAGAAUGAGGCAUGCACUUAUGUUAAACCACAGCUAAAAAAAGAUUUCUUGGCAUCAUGUUUUACGUGCUAGUAUUUUUUACUUACCAUAUCUUCAUCUGCCAUAUUGGUACCGAGUUUUUGCCAAAUUUAUGAAUUAGAGGGCUUGAUUGUGGUUUUCUUUGAGUUUUACGACCUUGGAUGAGACUCAAAGAUGGUGUUGGGAUGCUUUAUUUGUUCGAGUGUGAAUUAUUCUAAUUUUUUCCUCAUUUGUUACUUAAGCUUGUUUCUUUUUUAAAAACAGUGAUUAUGGAUUAACAGCUUGCAUAAAAGUGAAACUAUGAAAUGGUGUUGUUGUAUUUUGUAUCUACCAAGUUCUCAUGGCUCUUUAAGGACAAUAACAAUGAAUGUUGCACACAAAGCACUACAGGAUAACUGGAUUUACUUGAGUUUUUCAGUGUUGUGUCACAAAUAAAGGUUAUAGACAAAGA